ACCUAAAAGCGUUAUUCGAGCUGAGAAUGGAGGAGAGAGAAAGCGCAGAUAAAGCUCCAGUGGAGGGAAAAUAAUCCCAACCAGCUCAAUUCAUCAAUGGCGGGUUCAGCUCCGACCAUCUCCUUCUUCAACUCCUCUUCCCUGUACUGCAAUCGCGCUUUCGAUAAUUUCAAACAUUCUCGCACUUUCGAUAAGCGUUUAUCGUUCACAUGUUUCUCGUCCAAGAAGAAACAGCUAGGGUUCAUGGAUCAAAUCCUCGAUUACAUCGAAGGGGGUCCAAAGUUAAGGAAAUGGUAUGGAGCACCCGAUAUUCUCUCGAAAGACGGAAUCGAAUCGGCCGAAAACGAGGCUCCAGAAGAAGAUGAAGUUAAAGAUGCAGUAUUAGUAACCGACGGAGAUAAUGAGAUCGGUCAGAUGAUCAUACUUUCGCUCAUUGUCAAAAGAAUUCGAGUGAAGGCACUCGUGAAGGAUAAGCGCGUUGCUAUGGAAGCAUUCGGCACUUACGUUGAGUCAAUGGCCGGGGAUACAAAAGACAAGGCGUUUUUGAAGAAGGCAUUAAGAGGCGUUCGUGCAGUUAUAUGCCCAAAUGAAGGGUUUUUAUACAAUCUCGAAAGCUGGAAAGGUAUACAACACGUGAUCCUGUUAUCUCAGUUGUCUGUCUAUAGGGGCUCAACUGGUAUUCAAGCAGUAAUGAAUAGCAACGCACGAAAACUAGCAGAGCAAGACGAGAAUUUGGUGAAGGCAUCGGGUGUGCCGUAUAGCAUUAUUCGGACCGGUGUCUUAAAAGAUACACCUGGCGGCCAACAAGGUUUUUGCUUCAAAGAGGGUAGUGCAGCAAAGGGUAGUCUUAGCAAGGAAGACGCCUCGUUUAUUUGUGUAGAAGCGCUGGAUAAUGUCCCGGUUAAAGGAUUGGUAUUUGAGGUGAUUAACGGUGAGGAAAAGGUUUCGGAUUGGAAAAAGUGCUUUGCUACAUUGAUGGAUAUGUCGAGCGGAGAAGCUUGAAAAACACGAAGGCGAAUCUAGGUACUUCGAAUUUCGAAACAUGUCGUAUCAUUUUAGAAUAUAUCAGAUGCCUGUGCAUAAAAAUAUGUAAAUUCAUUUAUGGUGCAUUGUAUGUGAUUAUUUUGUGUUUGGUGUUGUUGUAUAAAUCCUUUGGAUUGUACAAUAUUUGUAAAUUACUCGAAACUCGACUUAUUCGUACAACAAACUAAAGUAAAACUUCACUCCGAUA